GGAGGCAAGCAGCGCUUAAAAUGGCGAAGGAGCGCAUUUGACAAAAGUUCCAGGCUAGAGAAUGAGGACACGCCGUCGUAACUACACGGCGGCAGCCACUCAGCCGUCGACCUCGUUACCCGAAGCCCUCACAGUGAAGCCCAUAGUUCCAAUGUCCCGCACAAAAAGAACCCAAUCAUGCAAUGUAAAAUGUAAAGGAUCAAAAAAGAGUAAGAAGAAGAAGUGUAUAACAACAACAGGACUGUGGGAUCUACAUAUUCCCACAGAGAUCCUGGAGGGGAUACUGUCCCGCCUCGGAUUAAAAGACAACAUACACGCUUCCGCUGUCUGCAAGACAUGGUGUGAAUCAGCUGUUUCUGUCCGUAAGUUACCGUGUCGCCCAUGGCUUCUUCAUCCAAUAGAUGACUGGACCAUUCCUGGCUCACCUUACCUCCUUCUUGAUCCGUUAAAGCCUCAUCAUGACCAGUCUCAAAAAUACAAGCUCGAUUUCCCACACAUGAGGUUUACGCCUGGUGGAAUGUCUUGUUCUAGGGAUGGUUGGGUGCUUGCGAAAUCACCUCAUCUCAUGUAUGCAUUCUUUUUUAACCCCUUUACCAGGAAGCUCUUCGUAUCACCACGGGGGUCAAUCUAUCAUUUAAUGUCUCGCCUAGCUUUCUCAGCAGCUCCUACUUCCACUAGCUGUGUGGUCAUCUCCUAUUCUCGAAUACCUAAAACUGCAGAUUUUCUGAUCGAAACUUGGCGGCCUGGUGAAGCCAGAUGGACCACCCAUCGCUUUGAGAGCUCUCUUCUUCGCAGGUGGGACAAAUGUGUCUUCUCCAACGGUGUGUUCUACUUUCUCAGUACUUGUGGCUGCCUUGGUGUUUUUGACCCGUGUGAAGCAACCUGGAAUCUUCUUCCAGUGAAACCCCUUCUUUUCCCAGAGGUGGAUUCUCCAGUGUUCAUCAUGGAGCAUGAAGGAGACAUCUUUGUUAUGUGCUCACGCCUCAACAGCAACCAUACGUUGUUUAAACUAAACAUGAAACAAAAUGUAUGGGAAGAGAAGAGAGACCUUGGAGGCUUGACAGUAUUUGCAAGUGUCCCUGGCUCUUUUAUAAGAGCUUGUCUCUCCGCGGAGGAGAUGAACAGAAUAUAUCCUUCUUUUACUGAUUUUUAUUUGAUUUAUGGCGCAAGCUCUCAUCGCCCUCCAAGAACCAAUUUGUCUUGCCGCGUCGCUUGGGUAGAGCCACCUCAGAACAACUUGGAUUUGCUCUGACUUCGUCAUCCCUUUUACUUCUUUUUUUGUAACUUUGUUUAUGUGUUUCCAAAGGUUUAAUUUGAAUUAGUUUCAUGUCAGUGUUUUAACAUUGUAUCUCUGUGAACUGAACAAGUUCCUAUUAAUCUGCAGUGGAAUAUGCUUACUCUUUUAAGAAUUACACACAAGCUAAAUAGGGCUUAAUAACAUAAUACUAUGAUCCAUUGAUUAAUUAAAUAAGGGAGGCCCAGGCCAUUGGCCAUAUGACAGGUUUAUCAUUACCACUUCCUUAAGAACAAACUUGUUUUCUGAAGCUUUUGGUAGGGGUGGGUAUAUCGGUUUAGUUUUGAGUUCGGUUUGGUUUGGUUAGUUUGAGUUUUGUAAACUUAACCCAAUCAAAACCAAAGUAGCUUCGGUUUGGAUUUGGUUUGGGGGUUUAGUUUGGGUUUACUUAAGGUUUAGUUCAGUUCGGUUUAUAUUUAGUUUGGUUCACUUUAUUACGGUUUGGUUUUUGGUGUAGUUCGGUUUGGUUAUAAAUAUGUUGGUAACGAAGACUUGUAAGCCUUCCAAAACCAUUUAACUAAUUGACUAUUUUCUUCUACUUUAGCCUUUAAUUUAUUGAUCCUAGAAGAACUUAUGUUAAUUUACCUUACCUUUAGGCAACGGAAAUUUAGAAUUAGAGUAUAUAUAAUAGUAUUGUUUGCUUCAUAAUUGGGAACUUAUACAAAUAUAGAAGUUAAGUAAAAAAGAAAGAUAAUGAAACUCUGACUAAAUAAUUUCACAAUGUUAAUAUACAUAUAUAUAUAUAUAUACUUAAAUUAAAAAUAAAUAAUAACAAAAAAACUUAUAAAUUUUCAUCCAAACAAAAUUUACGACUGAUAAAAUUAUGUAAAAUGAUAACUUAAAAGUUUUAGUAAUUUAAAUA